AUUAACUUCCUGCCAUACAGUAAUACUAUCUCUAGUCUUGCCAAAACACUUCCCAUCCUUCUGACCAUUUCUGUCAAAUACUACAUACUAGUUUUAGGAAAAUUCUAUCAAUUCCUGCCAAAAUAUCGUUCGGUUAACUUGCAAAAUACUGUCAAUUUCGUCUGGGCGAGAUUUCAACCUCCAUGAUGAUACACACAUGGUGUUACAGCAAACCAAAAUAAUAUAAUAUAUAAUUGUUUCAAAGUAAUUUCUGCUUUUGUUACAACUUAGGAAAGUCGGAUAUCUCCAGAGCAUUAGGCUUAUAGAAUAAGUUUAAAAGUGGUGUAUACUCUGCUCGUUUUUAUCUUUUUUUGCCUAAAUGGAAUAUUGAUGUCCUUCAGAAUGUUUUAACAACAAUAAUAAUAAAUACAUCAUCUACAGAAGCUUGAUUCACGUGCUUGUGAUUUAAAUCGCCUCCGCCAAUCUUUAACAGCGCCCUCAGCGGAGAGGCAUGUCAAUUUUUAUGAUUUUUCGGUAUUGUGACGUCAGUGUAACCACGUUGACUGGUUCCGGACAUUCAAUCAUGAGCCGUUGCUGCCGAAACCAGACUAUCGUUAGAUGUAGUGCCAGUCGACUGUUAAAUUGUAUUAAAACUUCACUAAAGACGUCUGGGUAUCUUCGUGUUGCUACAAACGCUAUGAAUGAUCACCCAAGGGGCAUAGGACUUGGGUCGGUGACAAAAAAUGAACGAUAACAAGUUAUGAAAAGACGGAAAUCAAGAAAAACAUGGGUCGUUCAUUUCACGUUUUCUGUCAGUAAAGAUCGAGACAUAAAGAGCAGUGGGUCAUCGUUUUAAUCAGGUGUAAUGGUGAAUUAGUGUGAUGCUAAGAUAAGGUUGUCACAAUGUCACGUAACAGUCACAGUGAGCCUGCCCGAACAGUUCGUCACACCAGAAUCGAGGAUGGAUCUGUCAUUGAGAAGGUGUACACAUUCGGGAAGAAGCUAGGAGCCGGUAGCUUUGGAGUGGUGCUGGAAGCAACGCACAACGAGACCGGUGAUAAAUGGGCGAUCAAACUUGUCAACAAAGAAAAGGCUGGUAGUUCAGCUGUGAAACUCCUGGAGCGAGAGGUAGCCAUAUUGAAGAAGGUCCAACACAAGCACAUUAUUCACCUGGAAGCAGUUUAUGAGACCUCACAGAAAAUGUACCUGGUGUUAGAGCUAUGUAAUGGUGGAGAGCUGAGUGAUCUAUUCAAGGCGACUGGGGCACUGACAGAAGAGGACACAAGAACAACCAUCGAAAGGUUAACAGCCACAGUCUCAUAUCUACAUAAGAAUGAUAUUGUACACCGAGACAUAAAGCUGGACAAUAUUUUACUAAGCAGUGAUCCAGAGCAUGCAGAUGACCAUCUCAAUAUCAAGCUUUCUGAUUUUGGUCUGUCGAUACUGAAGGGCCGUGCUGGCAGCGAUAGUAUGAUGCAAACAAUGUGCGGCACACCGAUGUAUAUGGCCCCUGAAGUUAUUGACAACCAAGGGUAUAGCCAGCAGUGUGAUGUAUGGAGUAUAGGAGUUAUUGCGUAUAUGCUAUUAUGUGGGUACCCUCCAUUCAAUGGCCGUGAUGAGGACAGUUUAUACGAGGCAAUACGGAAAGGCGAUUUAGACUUCACUGGAGCAGUGUGGAAGAAAGUCAGCGACGAAGCCAAAAAUGCCAUUCAGGGAUUGUUAACAGUAGACCCAGCGCAUCGCCUUACGGCCAGCGAGCUUCUACAUCAUCCAUGGAUCACUGGAGAGAAGGGAUCGGACAACGAUGGGCCCAAGAAUGUCUUGGAGAUGAUGAAACAGUGGAAGGAUGAGCUGCUGCUUGAAGAGAAUGGACAGAUUGACUCGAAUGCUAACGUGACCGGGGAGACAUCGAGUAAAGAGGCUCAAUCUGCCAUCAAAGUGGAGGAUGCCAAACCCACAGACAGUGCUCCUAAACCAACUAAUGGGAAAAGCACCGCAUUGCCCAGGAAACCUGCUAGUACAUCACGUUCUGGCCCAAGCAGAAACACGUCAACAAAUGGCACCCAUAAAACCAGAGUUACCGCCUCGUCCACGUCACCCAGUGUCUCAUCAAAGGGCGCGCCCCCUCGAACAAGGGCGUCCGCACCCCCUUCAUCUCACCCGAAAGCAUCUCCCAACAGAUCCGGUGAAUCGCCCACCAAGGCGACCGUCUCCAAACCUCGCUCCCCUAAAGCAACAUCCAUCACCGCCAAAGCACGAAGGAAACCUCCAGUCGGGAGCUGAGAAAACUGUCAAUAAUUUAGUUGAAUGAAUUAAGUUUGAAUACCACCCCUUCCAGGAUGGAGUUAGCUCUUGAGGUAGGAGUUACAGAGAGGAUCAAAGACGAAUAGAUUUGUAAAGACUAUUGAAAAAUAUUUAUGACGUUGUGAGAUGUGUACGCUUGAGAUAAACACUCUCUUCUUUGUAUAUUUGUAUGCUACUUUCUAAAAUGGGCAAAAUGCUUUAAUUCAAGUUGUUAACCGUCCAAACACUAUCAUGUAAUUUAAUCAAAAUUGUUUACUAUGAAUUCCGUCCAAUAUCCCCCUCAUGAUAUGCGCACCAUUUCUAAGUACUUUGAGUUUCCCAGUUUGAUUUAAAAACUGCUGUCCCUGGUACCAGUCAGGUGAACAUUAUAAUGUUAUCACCUUGGUUUGGUCACCAGCCGUGACAGACUCGUACCACUCUUCAAUGUAAGGACAAGUGUGAAAUAAUUCUUCAAUUGCAAUAAAUCUCAACGUUUAAUAGUUACAUGGCUUUAAAAGUAGCUCAAAAGCUUGGCUUACAUGUACCCCUAAUACACCAAAUUCAUCAAAAUCCAACAGAAAGUUUGCUUAAUAUUGAUGAGUUCACUACUUAACAUACAGUCAAACUAUCCAAGCUGGGAAAAGGCUAUGGCAAUAGACAAUAGAACCCUAAACCCAACAGCAAGUUUGCAAUGGACUCUGUAUUAGACAACCAAAACCAAACUCAUGAAAAUCCAUGUUUUGCUUCACUUUAAUGGAUUCACUAAAACUGCACUGAACUAACCAUGCUAUUACACUCGGCCAGACACCCCUAGGGCUCAUUUCACAAAGACUUAACGAGUGAUCUUAACUGUGUAUCAAUCUUAAAUGGCAGAAUACAAAUUACUUUGGUAAUACAGACAACUGACAAUCGUAACAAGUUUUGGGAUAUUGGUGCUUUUUGAAUCUGAUUGAUUCAGUACGAUUCUAUAAUAUGAUGAAUACUAUGAAUCUGGACUUUAGGUUAACUUCAUAUGAUUCGAAAACACAAAAUAUUUUAGAUUUACACCCAAUACUCCUUUCACAAAACUAUUCAAACAAAGUGUUUGCUUAAAUUAGAGUAAACCAACCCCAAUUGUUUCUUCAGCACUCCAUCUUACAUGCCAUAACACUCUUGUGAAAAUUCUACUCAUUUCAUGCAUACAGAGAUAUGUUAUUGAUGUACAGUGUGUCUAGAGAUCUUAGUUGUAUAAAGAUGAACAUGUAGCUAUUGUAAAUUAUACAUAGCAACAUUCCAUGUAACUAAAUAAAUAUUUCAAAGCGAAUGUCAAAAAAAAUAAAUAAAACACAUUUUUUUUUAAAUGCCUGUAUAUAUUCACUCAGAUAAGAAAGUUUACAGUAUAGAAAAUCCAUCUUAAUUUGAAUAAAGUGGAACUAAUUGAGUGUGCCUGAAUUAACAACCGUUUGUCUAUUUUUGUAAUAAUUAUGCAACACAUCCGCGGUUGGCAAGUAUUUACGAAUCAUUCAUUUCCGUCUGUACGGCAGGAAUUGAUGGGAAUGGGUUAUUUAUUAAACAUAGAGAUUAAAUUUAUAACAAGAUGUUGUCUUAGAAAGUGAAGUGGUAUCGUGAAUUUGGUCUUAUGGGGGAUGUAUUUUAGCAAACAGUGAUAAUCUUGAUGUAUCAAUCGUCAUAGGAAUUUUCCUGGUAAUCGUGACAUAAUCAAGACUUUUUUUUACUUUGCACAAACAUUUAUUGUUUGAGGAGCUCCUGUGCUUUUUAAUGAACCUGUACUAAGGCUGGGAAUAUUUCAUCUUAAAAGACACUGGACACUUUUGGUAAUUACUCAAAACAAUUGUUAGCAUAAAAACUUACUUGAGGAGAGAACGAGCAACGGAGAGUUGUUGAUAGUAUAAAAUAUUGUGAGAAACGACUCCCUCUGGACUAACAUAGCUUUUGAAAAAGAGUUAAUGCUCACUCAAAUAUUGAAAGUCUGCAGACCUGAAGCCUUUUAUUAGGCAUCUGAAAGCACACGAAUUUUUGCAACA